CGAGUAUAUUGAUGUUUAUAAUAUUGACUUACUGCUUUGUUUGGGAUGGCGAACACUCCAAACUGUCGUCCGCUUCUCAACUCUGAUUUGAAAAUGAUUGGCCAGUGAGGGAACAGUUCGGUGACGUCACACCACUUUACUCGCUGUCAAUUCGCUGUCGGAAGAAGAAGUGGGCGGGACUUCCCCGCCUAAAAGCAGUCAUUGGCUGACGCCAUGGAAACGACGCGGAAGUGUGGCGUUACAAGCUCGGCCAACAUGCUAUAUACUAGCACAAUGUAUGCUCAUUCUUUUUAACAUGAACGCCUUCCAAGUGUUCUAAAACAAAUGUACAUUUAAUGCUUAAAAGCAACCAUACUUCCAGUUGCCUUGUUCUUGUCGUCGCGCAGUCAGUCAAAGUUAGCUGCUUCGCUAAUGCUUCUCCGACGCCGCUGAUGAAAUGAUAAAAGCUAAAAUACUCCUAAUUGGUCCAAACGAGAGUGGGAAAAGUGUCCUCGCAAACUUCCUCUCAGAUGCAACGGAAAAUGUGGGAGGUGAAUACAGACCCACUCAAGCAGUCAGGAUACUGGAAUUUGAAUCCCAACUGGAAGGUAGCGGUGACAUGAAGUCAUGUGAGGUGGAGCUGUGGGACUGUUCCGGAGAUUUCAAAUUUGAGUCAUGCUGGCCUGCGCUCAUGAAGGACUGCAGCGGCGUGGUGGUCGUUUUUAAUCCCGAAAUUCCUAAUCAUAUCAAAGAAAUCGAGUCCUGGCACUCCAUGUUCAUCUCCUCUCAGGGGUUGCAGGAGAGCCAGUGUCUGCUUGUCGCUCACCACAAGCCUGGCGGUACAGCAGCAGAAGGUCGGCUGGCUUUAGCGUCACAGCUGAGCAGACUUCCACUUAUUCACUCUGACGUGGAGGAAGAACCGGAGGACGUGAGGAGAGCUUUCUGCAGCUAUUUGGGAAAAGUUGUAAAUACACUUUCGGAAAGCCGCGAGAGGGAGGAGAUGUCUAUCAUCACCUAGCAGCAUAUUCAAUCUAAUUCAGUGGUUCUUAACCUUGUUGGAGGUAGCCAACCCCACCACUUUCAUAUGCGCAUUCACCCAACCCUUCUUUAGUGAAAAAUAAAGUUGUUGUUUUUUUAAAUUCAAGACAAAGUUAUAUGUUUUUGGUAACACUUUAGCAUGGGGAACAUAUUCUAAGGAACAAAGACUUAAAUUAGAGUUUUUUGGACACUAGGGGAACAUAUUCAAAAUAACAAAGACUUCAUUCAGAGUUAUUUGGUUAGGGUUAGAGCCAGGGUUAGGGUUAUAAUAAGGUCAUGCCGAAUAAGGCAUUAAUAAGUACUUAAUAAUGACUAGUUAAGAGCCAAUAUGUUACUAAUUUGCAUGUUAAUAAGCAACUAAUUAAUGGUGAAUAUGUUCCCCAUACUAAAGUGUUACCAUGUUUUUUUACUUGUGCACAAAAUGAAGCGUGCAUGAACAUCACCUUGUUCAAAGAACAAAAGCAACACAGUGCAUAAACUCACAACAAAUGACACACCUACAAAUCAGUCUGACUUCUGCUGUUGUCGUAUCUGUAAUACGCCGAUAGGGAGAAGUUUUUAUUUACACGAUGAGUCGAGUGUGUCUCGACCUCCGCCGAACCCCUGAGCCCGACUCACCGAACCCCUAGGGUUCCAUCCAACCCAGGUUAAGAACCACUGAUCGAACCACUUUUUCCCUUUCGACUUUAACGAGCGUAAUUUAUUUCUUACCUGUCCAAAAACUGUAUGCUUAUUGUUUUAUGUUCAUUCACAGUUUAUAAGCCUUGCACAGAAAAAUACUAAGUAUAAAUAAAUGUUCAAGAUACAGGACUG